UUGGGGUACUAAUACAUUGUUUAUUUUAACUGUCCGACAUGUUUCUGGUCUUAGAGAAAAUGUAACAUGCUUGCAUUUUCGCUCAUUAAUUUUUAUACGCCAGUUGGCUAGCCAUUCUUCGACACAAGUUAAGUGCUCCUCUAAUACUCUUGAUGCUCUAAUGGGGCAUUUGUUUCGGCUUACAGACAAUUUCUAAAAUGUUUCGCGCAAAAGGCAAAGAAAUGAUAAUGGUUGGUUAUUCAGAUACGGCUAAAGCGUUUAGGUUAAUGGAUCCAGAGUUCGGGCCCGCAUUGCCAAUACAAUUCAUUUUUAUAUUAUGUUCCCACAGAAAAAUUGAAGUAAUUAGAUUACACUUAAACGCUUAACAAAACUACCCUGUUCUCACUGCCGUUGGAGAUUUACGAAUCAGCUGUUUUUGACAUUCAGGCAUAAACACCAAAUAUUUAUUAAAGGAAAAUAUUGUAAUGUCGUACUUUCUUAUAAAAAUUUUCUUUUUUUUAUAAAUAUUCUCCACUCAAUGGAAAUAAUUGAGGAAUUGUUUGAUUUGAACCGCCUAGCAAUGAAACGUUUGUUGCAUGCACACAUAAUACUCAAAAUGGGUAGCCUACAUGGAGCAAAUUCAACAAGGUCUAUUUGGAUGAAGACUCGUGGCCAAUUUUUUUGGGAAGUCCAUUGCCAUGUGAAUUCAGAUGCAUUUUUAAAAAUCAACCUCCGAAUGAAGCGCAAAUCUUUCAAUAAAUUGUGCAUUAUGUUGAAAGGCUUGGAGAAGAAAACCACUAACUACCGGAAAACAAUUCAAUUAGAAAAACGCAUUGCUAUUGCUUUAUAUGCUCUUGGCUCUUCUGCAGAAUACCGAACAAUUGGAAAUAUGUUCGGAAUUGGUAAAAGCACUGUCUGCUCCUUUCUAAUUGAGUUCUGCCAUGAAGUCUGGCGAUGUUUGUGGCCAUUGUAUUUGAAGAAAUUCCCAAUGAACGAAUUUCAAGUGCGGGAGUAUAUAAAUGGUUUUGAGUCAUUGGGUUUCCCUCAAGUGUUAGGAGCUAUAGAUGGUUGUCAUAUAGAAGUUCGCCCAGCAGCAAAAGAUGCUGUUGACUACUACAUUUACAAAGGCUGGUAUUUCACAGUUCUUUUGGCUUUAGUAGAAGCAAGAUGCCGCUUUAUAUACAUCAACGUUGGUAGUCCAGGCCGUUGUAAUGACUCUUCAAUAUUUGAGAGUUCAUCUUUAAAAAGCCAGUUGGCACAAUCUAGUUUAUUUAAAGACAUGAGUAGACAAAUUUCGUCAGUUAAUGUUCCAGGAGUUUUAUUGGGCGACUCUGCGUUCAAACUAGAUGAACAUUUGAUGAAACCCUACCCUUUUUGUGUAAACCAACCUUUGGAUAAAAAAAAUUUAACUAUGUUCUCUCGGAAAGUCGAAGAGUGGUGGAGAAUGCUUUCGGUCAUUUAAAGGCAAGGUUUAGACGCGUUGGCAAAGGCUUGGAUAACCACAUGGUCAACACGAGAGCUGUCAUCAAAGCGUGCUGCGUUUUGCACAACUUUUUAAAUGAGGAAAAUGAUGAAAUUAAUGAAAAGUGGAUUGCAGUACAACAAAUCGAAAACGAAACUCGACAGUUGCCAGAAAACGUCUCUUACGUUUGUGGAAAUGUUAACCCAAGAGCAGAGGAAAUAAGACAAGCGUUUGUUUCAU